CGGCCAUCAUCCUCAACAUCCACCGUCACCAUGUGAAUGGUGGCGGCACGAACGUCAACGACAACGGCAGCCAGGGCAAGUAGCAAUAAUAACAACAAACGCAUGGGAGCGCUGAGCAAUCGUUAGUUACGGAGCAGCAUAGAGUAGCUCCCAGUUGUGGAAUACAGAAAAGCAGCAGCUACAUUUAUUGAAUUCAGUUUUUCUUACUCCGUCUUGGCGUGUGGUUCAUUCGUGCGUUAAAGGUUUUUUUGUGGGGUGUUUCGUUUGAACGACGCAUUCGGUCGGAGGAUAUACACGCGCGUGCGAGAUCCAUACACCGUCGGUGUUAGAAACAAAAAAUAGAAAAUAAACGAAAAAUAUCUUCGAAGUGUAGUUUAGUGUUAGAACAAAAAUAAGAAUAAAAAAAUAAACGCAAGAAGGAAUAAAUAACAAUACAGAGGAUUCCCUGUGCGGCGACAGCACAGCCCUAACACAAGGCAUAGCAAAGUAUUUAAAACUGUGAAAAACUUCUAUGUUGUUCGUACUGAAAGAAUUUUUGCGAUUUAUGAAAUAUUUACAGAAAUCUUUUUAUUGUUAAAUUUCUAUUUUGUUUUUUGUUUUUGAUGACUGCUACGCGAAGCAACUUAACAUUUUUGAGUGACGCGCAAAUAUCUCUUAUUGUGCUUGUUGUUGUUUGUGUUGUUCAUCGACGCUGAACCGCUGCUGCGUUGAUUUGUUAAUCCGAAAUCUCGGAAUGUUUUCUCCGCCGCAAUUAAUUAAAUUUAUCUGAAAAUAGCACUAAAAUGACGUGGCGUGCGUGAAAUAAAUUUUCGGGAAUAAAAUUAUGCGUUAGCUGCCACGACAGUUUUUCGAUUUUUCGUAGGUAAAAUAUUACUUCGUGCAUUGGAAGGCACGUGUGCUUCUUUGGAGUAUCACUGAAAAUCUCGAAUUUCAAAAAUCACUUUGCUCUUCUGGGAAAAUAUAUAAAAAGUGUUCGUCUAUAAAUCUGCAAGUUGUGAAGGCGAAUACCUAAAAAACUUAACUGAUAAGAAAACUGCAUUCUUAUAGCAGGCCAACAAAAUUUUUGGAGUGGAGGAUUUAAGAAAAGCGAGAGCUUCUUUGGAUAAAAUUCAGAUGCAGAAAAGAAAGUUUCUUCAAGGCUGUUUCUUAAAACAAACCAUAACAAUGCACUGCUUAGUUCGAUAACUGUUUCUCCACGAAAUUUUUUUAAGUAUUUUAAUUCUAAAAUAAAAUAAAAAAAAAUAAAAAAAAAGUCUGACUAAGAAAUAGGUUUUAAAUUAAAUUAAGGAGAAAAAACCUAAGCAAACAAAAUGCUGCAACAUACCGCCACAGAUUUCUACGAUUUAGCUGCCGCCAAUGCUGCUGUAUUGAGUGCGCGUCAAACGCCGCCAUACAGCCCAACAGGCUUGAUCGGCACCGGAGCGGGUCUCAGCAAUAAUAAUAUCAACAACACAAGCAAUAAUAAUUUGGAUAUGUUGGGACACAAUGGAAGUAUUAUUGGAUCGGGCGGCGGUGGAGGUGGUGGCUUACAUAUCGGUAAUGGCAAUGGUGGUAGCAAUGGGCGUGAAACGUUACCCAGCUUUGGAUUCACGCAAGAGCAAGUGGCUUGUGUGUGCGAGGUUCUUCAACAAGCUGGCAAUAUCGAAAGGCUGGGUCGCUUUCUUUGGUCCCUACCGCAAUGUGAUAAACUGCAAUUGAACGAGUCUGUGCUGAAAGCGAAGGCCGUUGUUGCAUUCCAUCGUGGACAAUAUAAGGAGUUAUAUCGUCUGCUCGAGCAUCAUCAAUUCUCACCGCAUAAUCAUGCCAAAUUGCAAGCGCUGUGGCUGAAAGCGCAUUAUGUGGAAGCCGAAAAACUGCGGGGAAGACCUUUAGGUGCUGUUGGUAAAUAUCGCGUCCGCCGCAAAUUUCCACUGCCACGCACAAUUUGGGAUGGUGAAGAGACGAGUUACUGCUUCAAGGAGAAAUCUCGAUCCGUAUUAAGAGACUGGUACGCACAUAAUCCAUAUCCUUCCCCGCGCGAGAAACGUGAAUUAGCAGAGGCUACAGGACUGACAACCACACAGGUUUCCAAUUGGUUUAAGAAUCGCAGACAAAGAGAUCGCGCAGCGGAACACAAAGACGGCGCGUCAGACAAGCAACAUUUGGACUCAUCAAGCGAUUCAGAGAUGGAAAGUUCUCUUUUACAACAAUCGCACAAUGCAGGCAAUAAUAAUCAUCACCACCAGCAGCACCAAGCACAUCAACAUCAAUCGCCACAUCACCAACACCCCACGACCCACGUGCAAUCACACCAGCCGCAAUCACAGCAACAACAAACGCAACAACUAUCUCCGACAGCGGCACUCAACAAUCACCACCAUCAUCAUCAUCAUCACCAUCAUGCCGCGGCUGCGGCUGCAGCUGCCGCUGCCGUCGCCGCACAAUUACCGCAAUCGCAUCACACCAGCUCAGCGCCAAGUAUGGAGCAAACGCAUCACCAACACCCGCACAGCUUGAAUGCCACACAAUUGGUAGGACUCUCACCGAACUCCGGUGGUAGUGGUGGUAGCGGAGUUGGAGGCGCAAGUGGUGGCGGAGGUGCACUCAGUUCAGCGGCCGUAGCAGCAGCGGCUGCGGCUGUCGCUGCAUCGACAAGUAAAAAUGGCAAUAAUGCUGCUGCAGCAGCAGCAGCGGCAGCGGCGGCUGGACAAAUGGCGCCGCUCUCGGUGGCAUAUCCGCACCUGCAUAGCGUCAUGGGUUCGAUACCCAUUUACGAUAUGAGCGAAUAUCAGCAUUUAUGAUUCUAGUUGGAAACAUCGGCAGAGUGGAUGGCCAACGCGGCGGCAGCAGCGACGGUGGUGACGGAGCGUACAGCAGUGGCCACAGACGCGGGUAGAAUGUCGUCGACAGCGGCAGCUUGUAUGAGGCAUGAAAUGCAACAAUCGGCGAAUUUCUACUAUUAAAUGAUUGCACCAUAGGAUGGCAUAAUGAAUGGCAGGAACCAGUGAAACUAAAGGUGUUUUCCAACCCAAAAUGUACAUAUGUAUGUAUGUAUGCGUGGGCACUGACAUUCAGGUGCUGUUCCGAAAAUAAGGAUUUCGUUCCCAACUGAAAGAGCUGCUUACGAGUAACAUACCACAUAAUGGCACUGAUGUAUUAAAUUGCUGCUAACGCGUUAGUUGGACACCUUGUACUGCAUGCACCGUAGUAGGAGAAGUUAGCGUUCUUUCAAUUCAAAGAAAAACUCAUAUUUCAAUACUUGCAUGAAACUUAUUAAGUAAUGUGUAAAGUAAAGAACAUGAAGCAUGAAUUUUGUUAUGAAAAUAACGAAACAUUGUAGAGAAAAUCAAAAAUAUUACAUUAUUGUGUAGCGAACAUAUGUAUGUAUGUAUGUAUGUAUGUCUUUUAAAGCGGAAAUGUAACUACGACAUGUAAAAUAAAUGAUUAUCAUAAUCUUAGCUAAUAAAAAAAAUGAAUUGACGAAUAUAAAAAUAUGUAUAAAAUUUUAGAUCUACAAAAAUAUUCGAAUUCGGGCACGCCGUGAAAUAUAGUGAAACUCGUACAUCAUGCCGAAAUACUUAAAUAUUAGCUGCUUUCGAUUCACCAACCAGCUAGCGAGUUCCCUCGAAUUCAACGCUACAUAUUAUUCGGCAGCACUGCAUUGACCAUGUUUUGAAACAUACGCAAAGAAAAUAAUGAAAGCAAUUUGUUGUGAUCAAAGAAAAAUAAGCGAGACAAAAUACAGCUAAAAAUAUACGAAUGGGCAAUGAACGAUUAAAAUUUGUAAGGAUAAGUAUAAUCCGUAAAAUAUCGCUACUUACUCGUAUUCGUUUGUGAGUUAAAAGACUAAAAGCAGAGUUGCUUGAACAACGCUAAACUGUUGUGGCCUUAACAUAAAAAUUUUCACUUGGCAAACAGCGAAACUCUCUCGCGAGCAGAGAAGGGGUGAAUCGAAAGCAGCUAUUGUUUUAAGCAAUAAAUUCUUAGAUAUUUAAACAUUUUCAAUUUUAUUUAAUCAUCAGUAAAAGGUCUAAUUAUAACAAAAAACAUUUGCUUCAAAACUACACUAACAUUACUUUAAGCUAAAGUAGUACAGAUUAAAAUCAAAAUAGCCGGAAAAAAAGUAUACUGUUACCAUGAACUUUCUAUUCUGUUAAAUAACAUCUUAUAGGUUCACUUUCUCACACUUCUCCUGUUUAAGCAGUUAAACAACAAAGUUAUCUGUACGAGAGAGCUAACAUUUAUUUGAAAUGCUAACAGUCACUUUACAUAGUCAUUUGUUGAGUGUUGAACGAAUUUAAGAGGCAAAAAUACGGAGUAGUAUUGAUACGGCAUUUUGUUAAGGCACCUUUCUGGUAUAGAGACGUGAAUAUUGAAGGCGUUGAAAAUUGAAAAAAAGAACCAAUCUGUAUCUCAAUUGAAAAUCGUUUUUAUUCAUUAGAUCAAUUCUUUAUUUACAAAAGAAAAAAAUAUUUUUUUCAAUGACAAUAAUAAAAAAAUUGCUUCCCCUGAUAUAACACAUGUCACUGGCUUAAUUGAUUGGGCUGCUCAAGUACGUCUGAAAAAAAAUUCGGUCGAUUAUUCAUCAGGAGAUAUGUCGCUAUGGUGAGUAGCAAAUUUACAAAAAAAUAAUUUUUUUCUAGAGAUUUUAUCUAUUUAUUAGAAAAACAAAAAAAGAUUUUUUCACAUUCUCACUCUUAAAUAAAACAGAAAAAUUGAUUUGCUAUCCGUAAAAGCCACAAAUCUACUCAAAAACAUAUUAAAAAUUCACAUCAAUCGGUUCAGUACUUUUUGAGAAAUUACCAACGCCAACUCAGAAAAAAUAUUUUCGAGAAAAACACGCUUAAAAUUUCAAGCGACUGGGCGUUGUACUCCAAACCGGUCUUAUUUUAAAGGACUGUAACGUCUAGACUACAACGAAUUUCAAUAAAAAGUAUGUUUUUUAAGUAUGUUUUUGAAAGUAUAAACUAUCAUAACAUGAAAAAAAUCGAUUUUUUCGAAGUUCUAGACCAGAAAGGUGCCUUAAUAAAUUUUUUUUUUCUACAUUUAUUGAAAAAAAAUUUUUAGUCAACGUAAAUUUAAACUGUUUGUUCGUGAUAAUCAAAAAAACAAAAAAUAACUUAAUCGUUCAAAGAUUAAUGUUUGCAGAAUACCAUUUUGAUAGAAGAGAGAUAAAGAAAUAUUCUAUGGGCGGUCGAAAGAAAAAUCACUUCGUAUGGUGGCAAAGCCGGUUGGCUUUACGUUAGGAGAUCUCGAAGUGCUGAAAUGCACAUUAUCUGAUUAAUUGUCGCUCUCUAGGAACAACAUGUCGAAAAACUCGUGUUUUUUUUUUGUUUUUCUUUUUUUUUGUUUUGAUGAAAUUAUCAUCCGAAUGACUCGACAAUUCAAAGGCGGUUGGUGAAAAAGUUUCAAGAAACUGGUUAUGUCGAAGAUAGUAAAAGAACUGGCAGAGCAAAAACUGGACGUUCUGUUGAGAAUAUUGCUGCUGUAGCGCAAAGUGUUGCUGAACAACCUUCAACAUCAAUACCUCGACGUUCUCAAAAACUAGGCAUUCAUGAAUCGACUGUUUGGCGGAUUUUACCUGUAGACAUGCUCAUGAUGGACCUUUAAAUGAUGUCAUUUUUUAAUAAAAAUAGUGAGACCUGAAAGAAUCUAAAUGUUUACCCUUUUUUUUAAACAACACCUAAGCGCGUCUUUGAAAGUCACUUUAUAAUUGACGCUUACACCUUUUAUUGGGUGUUUGGCCGAGCUCCUCCUCCUAUUUGUUGUGUGCGUUUUGAUGGCUGAAAUGAAGGGACCCACAGUUUUAAGCCGACUUCGAACGGUAAAUAAUUUUUCAGCAAACACGGGCCCUACCGAAUGGUGAUCAAGCACAAUCACUAUUCGGUUACGACGACCGCGCCUAACUAUCUAGUUCGAACAAAUUCUUUGAACUGUGAGUAAUUUUGAUGUUUAAUGUCCACUAGUUUUGUUUAAAGUUAAUUUUAUUGAAUACAGAGCCCGUUAACUUAAUUUAAUUUUUUUAAAACAGUCGCAAACAGAUAUGAAUUUAAUUUAAUUAAAAAAAAAAAGAUUUUUUCUUGUUUCGAUAAAAAAAAAUAUUUCCACAUCUUUUUGAUUGAGUUUCACUUUGUUUCACUGUACAUAUUUAUAAAUAUACGAAUAUAUUGUAUUAUAAUUUUUAACUAGCUAUUUAAAUGCAUAUAGUAGUUAAGCAGAAGAUUUUGUAAAUAGAGGCAAUUCAAUUACACGUAAAAACAUUAAAUAUAAAAUCGAAUAUGUGCAAAAUAAAAUCAUAUUUUCUUGUAGUAUUUAAUUUUUGUUAUUAUAUCGAAUAUAUUAAAUUAUUUAAAUGUAUUAUAAAUUUAAAAAAUGUUUGAA